AAGUCGCUGCAGAUGCGAUUUGCAUGUGGCAGCUUGGGCUACGACUUGCUACUGGAGGGGAGCUUCCCAUUGCCGUCGUCUAGAACUCUGGGGCGGCGGCUUGAAGGUGAGCACUGCCCUACGGGUCCUCAGUCACUCCACGGCCACUGCCCUGCGCUUCCUGGUGGAGAAUCAUGGCUGGAGCACCAACUUCCUCACCACGGCUUGGUUCUUGGAACAGAGGCAUGAGACCCAUGUCCCCUCCAUGGUCAUCGGUUGCAGCUUUUGGCACAGUCAACAAGCUGCAAAGAGCAGCAUGAACAAAAUGAACCGGGAAAGGUGUCCAGCCACCAGCAAGCUGACGACUGCGCCACUUCACCAUGCUGUGCCACGACGCCAAAUUGUGUGCCAACGCCAAGCUGUGCCACGACGCCAAGCCACAUCGCUGAUGUACCAGAUGAGCCUCCGAGAUUUUGCUCAACGCUUUCCACCAACCAGAACCAAAUGUCUGACGACGACCCGUCGUUGCCAAUGCCGACUAACGACCUGGACAAGCAAGCCAGGCAAGCACGGGGUCCUUUUCAGCCUCAUCUGGGCAGCUAUGCCCAAACAGAAACGAAUAAUCGAAAGCGCAGCUUUUGUGAACACUGGUUUGCAAAGUUCAGCUGGCUUGAAUACAGUCCAGCAAAAGAUGCAGCCUUUUGCUUUUGUUGUCGGGCGUUUCCGCUGGGCAGUGGUACCAAAGCACAUUUAGACCCAUCCUUUGUUUCAACUGGGUUUCGAACUUGGAAGAAAGCGAUAGAAAGGUUUAAUCAGCAUGAAAGGUCUGAGGGCCAUCUUAACAGUGUUGUGUCAUGGAAUUGCUCCAAAGCAAACAGAUCGAUUGCUUCAAUGCUGGAUG